AUCGCCGUACUGUACGAGGCGAGAUCUGGCAAUUACCUUGAAUCGAUUUAAUAUUUAGCAAGUAUGUGGAACAGAUAACCAGGAACAUACCAUCUUAGGCGUUGUCAGAAAUAUCAAGAUUGGGUAUCUGGUCACAUCGGACAGAAGAGCGAAACACUGACAUAGCGUGAAAGUGGAUUCCACACAUAACUGAGCAGAGUGUCAGGCGGGGGGGGGACAGGACAGAGAUGAAGAGCUACGAGGAGUUCUGCUUCAGCAGCCUGGCCCGGCUGCAGGCACAGGGGAAGAAGAAGACGAGCGGCGAGACCUCCGGCCAGCAGAGGGCGCUCUCCCUCAUCCACUUUCAUGGCAGGGCUGUACUGUCACCUGUGCUAAGCGCGGAGCAGCGCAGGGAGAUGGUGCAGUACAGACAGAGGGCUGUGCAGCUGGAUGCUGAGAGACAGAGUUUGCGCAGGGAGAGACUGCUGACCCAGGGUCAGGACACUCUGGAUGGUGUGCAGGCAGUUUUCGUGAGGCCACCACCCCUUUCUCACCGCCAGGUACGUCAGCUGCCAGAAGAGGAGAAGCAGACCCAGGCCCCGCCCACACGCUGCUCCCCACAGCCAGAGUUCCCGAACGGCUUCACCCUGCCUCCCUGGGGUGGAAGAGGGCUGGGAGACACUCUGUGCGGCACUAACAGGGACGGACCCCAAGAGAAGGGGCCCCCCGUGUUCCAGAACGGGACGACAGGAGAUCCGGGGGAGGAGCGGGGCGAGGGAGGCCGGCAGAGCCCGCUGAGGGAGCAGGGCUGGGGGGCGUCCCGGGACAGCUGCAGGGCCACGCCCACCGACACGCUGAGAGAGAGCAUCGCCGACAAGAGUGACAGUAGCGGGGGGCGACCUCAGACCACGCCCGCCUCAGACCACGCCCACCCUGGGUUGGACCCUCUCCCCUCCCCCAAUCCCCAGUCGGGCCUCGCGAGCCCUCACGCCCAGCUGCCCACCCCGGAGCCCAGCGUCAGUCCCCGCCCCCACCGCCGCAGGCCCCGCCCCGUCUCCACCGGCAACAUCUUCAUCUCCUUCCCCGUGUACGCGGCGGAGCAGGAGAGGGGCAUGCUGGGAGGAUGGGGGCCCGCAGGGGAGAGGUCCCCGCCAAACCACCAAUCACCCGCCAACUCACUGCUGCCCCCUGGUGUCGUCGAGCGGCGUGGCAGCCACUGCGGAGCGGACGCGGGCGGUGAAACGGCCGUCCUGACGGGGGCCCGUGCGCCCGGCCCCGUGACCCAGGACCCCAGGGUCGCGACCCCGGGGUUCCGCAGGCGCUCCCAAACGCUGGACAGCCAGCCGCACCCCGGCGUGGACCGCAGCCAGGAGAGAGUGCCGCGCUUCAUGGGCGGGGUCCCCUGGAGGCCCCCGUGCCGCCGCUCUCCCACCGCGCCCCUCAACCAGACCUACGACCUGGAGAGCCCCGUCCCAGCCCUGCUGCUGAGGGCCCAGGGGGCCCCCGUGCGCUCGCCCGCCCCCUCCCCGUCUCCCCUCCCCCAGCCUCGGGAGACGCAGCCUGGACACGGAGCCACGCCUCACACUGGACCUGCUGACCACACCCCCGGAGCAGCCGGGGAGGCGCAGUGGGAGGUCCACGCCCUGGAGGACAUGCGGAGGCAGAUGGAGGAGGAACACGCCCUGCAGCUGUCCCUCCUCAUCGCCGAGCAGGAGAAGGAGCAGUGGCGCCUCCAGCAGGAGCUGGAGGAGCGGGAGAGGAGACGGAGAGAGCAGGCGGGCAAGAGGGCAUCUGCUGGGGACCUCAGGGCCGGAUGGGAGAACCAGAGAGAAGGCUGCUCCGCCCUCAGCCCCGCUGGUCCCGCCCAAAAUCUGACCGGCCCCGCCCUCAGCCCUGCUGGGCACACCCAAAACCUGACCGGCCCCGCCCUCAGCCCUGCAGAUAGGUCACCCGGACCCGUACGCAGCAUGGGUAACCCGAUUCUCCUCUCACGAGACACCGCCAAGACACUGAGGCCUGGCGCAUACUCUGCACAAGGAACGGCAACGCAAAUAGAGCUGUACUUCUCUCGAGGGUUUUCAGAGCACUCGACCCUGGUUAUGGUUAUGCACUGCUUCUCCUCAGCGCUCAGCCCCAGUGCCCCCCCUGCUGCUCAGUCCCCUGUGUACCUGUGGGGGCCCUCCUGGGGGGUCGGCAAGGCACGCGGCAGGCAGAGCCAGGUGCUGACCCCUGAGCUGCACGCGGUGCUGUGUCGCCUAACCGCCGUCGCCCGCGGUUUCCUCACCCGCCGCCUCCUGCAGACUGAGAAAGUUAAACACCUGCGUCAGACUGUACAGGACACUCAGGAGUUCAUCUGCUCAUUCCACACUGAAGCCCCUCUGAGGAGGAAAGGCUCGGUCUCUGCACAAGACCUGUCCUUGCAGGAGAGGGUGCGAGCCCAGCUGCGGGCAGCACUGUACGAUGUGCACGACAUCUUUUUCGAGAUGCCCCUGGAGGAACGGCUGGCACUGCUGCUGCAGGACAGGGAGCUGCGCAUGGAGAGGAGGCUCCGAGAGAUGGAAAAAGCCAAGAGCCCCCGGGAUAGGGUCACUCUGUCGGCUGCUACCCAGAAGUCCCUGGACAGGAAGAAGCAGAGAGUCACUGGAAGCCCGGGGCAGGCCAAGAGGAUCCAACAGAAGCCAAAGAGCCCCCCCACCAACAGGGUCCUGCAACCCAACCAGGGACAGAACUCCCCCGUCCCAGGACAGCUACUCCGCCAAGGGAGUCUGUACAGGAAGGCUCCAGAGGAGAGAGUGAGGCACUCCGACAGCCUGCGGAAACAGCACUCGCUGGGGUAGUAGUGACCUCCCUCAGCCACCAAAACAAAAUGAUCCCACACCCCCACCCCUUGCUCCCACCUCAUCAACGCCCCCCUUUUUAAACUCCUCAAACAUCCCCCCACCACCUUCCCAAAAGCCCUCCCAGCACCACCGCCCCACACUCCCCACACGCAUCUCCCCAGGAGGGGGCGUGGUGCCCAUCCAGCACACACUACCUGAAACGACAUCUGUGAGGAUGAUGACUGUCCUUCAUCACACUGUUAUUCCUGUAGUACAG